AUGAAUCAGCAACAGCAGCAGGGCUCCGCCGUUCCUUACCCUCCCCAGGCCUUCCCGCCCCAGCAGCAGCAGCAGGGCGGCGUGGCCUAUCCCCCGAGCGCCAUGAUGGGCGCCCCCGGCAUGGCCUACGGCGGCGACGCCGCCGGCUACACUGGCACGGGCAUGGCCAUGCAGCAGACCCCGGGCCUCAUGGCCGACCCCUACGCCAAGCCCCAGUUCGCUGGGGCCUACCCGCCCGGUGCCUACCCCCAGGGCCAGCCGCAGCAGCAGCAGUACGCCCCAGCGGUGGCGAUGGGCACGCCCAUGGCCGCGGCGGCUGCGGCUGCGGCGCCCAUGGCUGGCUCGGGCCUGCCCCAGCAGCAGGGCGGGGAGGACCUGUACUCGGUGGCGCAGCAGUACGGGCUGAGCCGCGAGGAGGCCGACGGGGCGCUGGCGGCCUACGCGGAGAUGAACGGGAUGGACCGCGGGGCGCUGAGCUCGUUCGGCCUGGGCCACGUCCAGAAGAUGCUGGGCAACGUGUUCGGCGGCGGACAUGGCCACCACGGGCACGAUGAUAGCCACGCCCACUCGCUGGCGGGCGCCCUGUCGGGCGCGCUCGCUUCGGGCCGCGUGCCUCCCUUCAAGGACUUCCUGGGCAUGCUCGGCGCCUACAAGCUGCAAUCGGGACUCGGAAUGGGGCAUGGCGGCAAGGACAAGAAGGACAAGAAGGAGCACAAGGACAAGAAAGACAAGAAGGAUAAAAAGGACAAGAAGGACAAGAAGCACUAA